UAGGGUUUAUUUUUCCUUCUUCUCAUUUACGCAGCCAUGGCGACGCAGCAGGCGGUGGAAUCUGUGCAAUGCUUCGGUCGUAAAAAGACUGCUGUCGCUGUCACGUACUGCAAACGCGGCUCCGGCCUGAUAAAGAUCAACGGUUGUCCGAUCGAGCUGAUUCAACCAGAAAUCCUCCGGUUCAAGGUGUUCGAGCCUAUCCUCCUCCUCGGAAGACACCGUUUUGCCGGAGUCGACAUGAGGAUCCGCGUCAAGGGAGGUGGUCACACAUCCCAGAUCUACGCAAUUCGUCAGAGCAUCGCUAAGGCCCUCGUCGCGUUCUACCAGAAGUACGUAGAUGAGCAGUCGAAGAAGGAGAUCAAGGACAUUCUCGUCAGGUACGACAGGACACUGCUUGUGGCUGAUCCUAGGAGAUGCGAGCCGAAGAAGUUCGGUGGUCGUGGUGCUCGUGCUCGUUUCCAGAAGAGUUACCGUUGAGGUCUUGCGUUUUUACUGUUCGUCUAAGCGUAAUGUUGUGGCUUACUUUGGCUUCCGAGUUUUCAAACUGAAGGUCAUCUCUGGUAUCGAUGCUUUAAUUCGACGAAUCUAUGCAUGGUGAUCCUUAUGUCCGUAUC